UUAUCAUUCUAUACAUUUUAUGUUACGACAUUAAUGUAAGUUCAAAAAUUUGUCCAUAUUGUUCAAAGAAUGAAAGAGAGUUUAGCGAGGCUGAUUAAUCUAAGUUUGAACUAUUAACGGUGAAACGAACGGAAAAAGAGAUACUGGGCGCUGCACACUUCUGUUGACUGCGUGGCAAACACUGGAACAAAAGCGUAGAGACACCGAGCAAAAAAUGGGAAUCCUGUUAAAAAAAAAAUGGACAGCUUAAAUGUCAACGGCAAUAACACUCGUGAAUUUUGUAAUAAUCAAUACAAACAUUUCGUGGCGCCCUACGGAGAGCUCUGGUGUAAUCCGGUAUGGGACUCAUUACUCUGUUGGCCGCCAACGAUAGCCUCUAUUACGGCAAAGCAGCGAUGCCCCUUCGUGGAUGGAUUUGAUACGACUAAAUACGUAGAGAAGAAAUGCGGCUACAAUGGACGGUGGGAGGCACAGAACGGCACAAGCAUGAACGAGGAAUCGUUCAUUGGCUGGGCGAAUUACACUACCUGCUUAACGCCAGAAAUGCUGAAGCUUCAUUACAGAGUCUACAAUAAUAAUGUCGAGGGCGAGAUGAAAAUGGAAAUAGCUGAGAAGACGCGCACCCUUGAAUUUGUCGGUCUCAGUAUAUCUCUGGUGGCUUUACUUGCUUCUCUGGUGAUUUUCUGUCGAUUUAGAUCGUUGCGAAACACGAGGACCAGAAUUCACAAGAAUCUCUUUGUCGCCAUGGUCGUACAGGUGCUGAUCAGAUUAAUGUUGUACAUAGACAUCGCGAUUUAUCGUAGGAAGCCGCACGGCAUACAACGAGGAAUAGGAAAUACUCCGGUAUUGUGUGAGGCCAGUUACGUACUACUGGAAUACGUCAAGACUGCGAUGUUUAUGUGGAUGUUCAUAGAGGGUCUGUUUCUGCACAACAUGGUGACUGUGACGGUUUUUCAAGAGACGUCUUAUUAUCGCAUGUAUCGAUUCGUUGGAUGGGGAUGUCCAGUGCUGAUGACCUCGGCUUGGGUCAUUGUUAUGGCAUUUUAUUAUCAUCCGAAAUCAAAAUUUCCUAGAUGUUGGUCGGGGUACAAUUUAUCGUCUUACUUUUGGAUCCUCGAAGGACCUAGAUUCGCAGUGAUAUUGCUCAACUUUUUAUUCUUGCUGAAUAUUAUAAGAGUGCUCGUGAUUAAGUUACGGCAAAGUCAUACAAGCGAAAUUGAACAAGUUCUGAAAGCCGUGAGGGCAGCCGUGGUACUUUUACCGUUAUUAGGUAUUACUAACGUGCUCUUCAUGAUCGAAGCACCGUUGGAUAACGUAAGCAAGUUCGCUGUGUGGUCCUACUCCACUCAUUUUCUGCAAUCGUUUCAGGGCCUUUUCAUCGCAAUGCUUUAUUGUUUUCUUAAUGGCGAAGUAAGACUCGCUUUGGAUAAAACCAUUGCCGUUUAUCUUUCUCUAAGAGGAGGCGACUUGCAGACUAGAAGACAGUCGACCCUUAGCGGCGGUCAACCUCAGCGAAUAACUUCGGUGAUCGAGAUGGAAGAGGAAGAAACGAGACCUAUUGGGUUGAUGAGACUGUGCUGUCGGGGUAAAAAUACUCCGCCACCAGAUCGACCUGUCGAUUCCACUUUGUGUUACAGAAUACAAGAACAAAGAGAUGAAAAAAUUGAAUGCGUACUUUCUCGAGGUAUUUAGGAGCUACAUUCCGAUAUAUUAAUAUUGUACAAAGAAUAAUGUUGUAUAGAGAAUAAUUACUUUUAUUUCUUAGUACUUUAAUUUCGCUCCUGUUUACUUCCGUAAGGAAGACAAUAAGUUCCCCAGCAUACUUUACAUUGAACGUUUCCGAUGUGCAAGCAAUUAUGUAGCAAUAUUUGCUAAUGUAGUAUCAAGCUUUAAUGCUGUUUAUAUUUUUUACCUGUCAAGUAAACAAAUAUGAAACAAAUUUCUCUUUUGUAUCUCACUUUACAGAGCGAGAAAAUUCCAACGCAGGAAAAGGUGAAAGGAAAUGACAAUGUAUUAGAAUUCUCAAGAUUACAUCCAGCUUGUAAAUACUAUUGAUGUAAUAGUUUUUGUUCUGUCGCUUUUUAUCUUUCGUUAUUCCUAAUCUUAAUGUCUCC